GGAGUGCCAUAGUCCGUUCGUAAAUUCAGAGCGCACUCGAGCUUGCUAGCUAACUGUUACUUCGAGACACAAACGAGAGAACACCUCACUCUGACAAUUUUACCAGCCCUAGCAGAGCUAGUUAGGGCUGUGUUCAUAUUAUCUAGAUCGUUAGUGACUAACUGUUCUGCUAGCAACAAUUUAAUUCCGUUUUUUUUAACCAACCUUUUCGGACAACUGUUGUAUUCAAAGGGUGUUGCGCGUUGCUAAGUCCAUCAGUUAUUCUGCGCUCUGACACUCAAACGAGUAGAUAACCUCCAUUAAUUUACGAACGCACCCGGCCGUAGUCGUUUUUCUCAAAGUUGCUGGAAUGCCACGUGCAUCCACUUAUAUCAGAACAUUAACAGCCGAAACAUUACGAAACGUAUAUAAGAUCAAAAAAGCCUCAAGUAAUUCUCACACAAGCAGCUUUUGGGCGGAGUAAAUUCUCUCUCUCCAUAGGGCUGGACCAUACGAUAUAAGUACACCUGACCUGCACGCUUUCCUGAAUUUUAAUAGACUGCACAAGACCAAAACAAAUUAUAUUUCGUUAAAUGUAUAUGUUUAACAGACUGUCUGCAGUUGGUUAGUUAGCGUCGAUUCGUAGCUACGAAAACUCCGACAAAAGCUCUCUGUCAACAUCACCACCUGGAAAUUUCAACAUGAACGUUACUUUCUGCCUGGCUGGACGUGUAGGAGUUGGUGGGCUCAUAGGAUCAAAUUGAACUGUCCGUAUCAGACAGAACCCCGGUAUGGUACCAAUAUACACGUUGAUGCUGUUCAUAUGAUAUGUAUUCUACUAUCCACUAACAAUAGUCUGCUCAUCAAUUUUGGGCUAGCUAGUUAACGUUAGCAUAGCCAGCUAAGCGGUCUGCUGAUGAAAUGGGUCACACAGCUGUUAAUUAGCUAGAUCGGAGGGAUCAUUUAAAAGUAGAGUUCUCUUCAAUGAGUGUAUAUUUUGGGCACAUUAUUUUCAUACACUGGAUAAUGGAAACGCCUGGUGGUGUUUUUUGUUGAUUCAAUGACGACAUGCUCCACUAAUUUACCGGUGCUGGAAGAUGUUUGUAGCUAAUGUUACUGGCAACGCGUUAGGCAUCUAGCAUGCUAACAGACUAUGUUAGGUAGCUAACUAGUUAGCAAGAUAUCGGUAACUGCUUAUCUACUCCGGACGCCCAAAACUGGGAGAAAUAAAAGUAGUCACACAGUUUAGUAAAUCAUGAACAAUUGCGAAUACGAACAAAUCGAACCGCAGGCACUUUCAACUCCAACUCCGACCCUGCCGCCGCGACUUGCAGUUGUUGAAGAGGAGGAAAGGGCACGGAGAAAAUGGGAAGUUUUCCCCGGCAAGAAUCGCUUCUACUGCGAUGGACGGUUCAUCGUGGCUCAACAAAGCGGUGUCCUACCACUCACCCUCGGCCUCAUUCUGGUCACCACCGUACUGUUCUUUGUAUUUGACUGUCCCUUCCUGGUGAAGCACCUGACUGUGUUCAUCCCAGUGAUUGGAGGAGUGCUAUUUGUGUUCGCGGUCAUCUCUCUCCUGCAGACCAGCUUCACUGACCCUGGCAUCCUGCCCCGGGCCACGCCGGACGAGGCCGCAGACAUUGAGAAGCAGAUCGAUAACUCUGGAUCGUCCACCUAUCGACCCCCUCCGCGCACCAAGGAGGUGAUGAUCAACCAGCAGGUAGUGAAGCUCAAGUAUUGUUUCACCUGCAAGAUGUUCCGGCCACCGCGCACCUCCCACUGCUCCCUCUGUGACAACUGUGUGGAGCGAUUCGACCACCAUUGUCCCUGGGUGGGGAAUUGUGUUGGGAAAAGGAACUAUCGUUUCUUCUACACCUUCAUCGUCUCUCUGUCCUUCCUGACAGCCUUCAUCUUCGGCUGCGUCGCCACACAUCUAGCACUGAGGGCACAAGGAGGCAGAGGCCUUAUUUUUGCUCUUCAGGAGAGUCCAGCCAGUGCUGUGGAGCUGGUGAUUUGCUUCUUUUCAGUUUGGUCCAUCUUGGGCCUCUCAGGCUUCCAUACCUACCUGGUUGCUUCUAACCUGACCACAAAUGAAGAUAUCAAAGGCUCGUUGUCGGGGAAGAGUGGGGCGGAGGACACCGGAAACCCCUACAGCUAUAACAACAUCAUUACUAACUGCUGCUCUGUACUCUGUGGACCCAUGCCUCCCAGUUUGAUUGACAGGCGAGGCUUCGUACCAGUGGAGGAGUCAUCGCAGACAGUUUCCACGGAGAUGGUACUACCCGUGCUGGCUGCUAAGAAGGAGAUUAAAGUGGUAGGAGGGCCCACGCCGUCCCAGCUGCCCCCCUGCCGUGCCUUGCAGGUUCCCUCUACCUGCAACCCCCCUCAGCCUGACUGGCAGACACCAGUUUAGUUGCCUGUUCUAACACGGUUUCCUGACUGGCUGUUGUGUAUGGGGUCACCCUCUCAUGACAGUCUCAGACCAGUGUACUGUAUUCCUGUUGGUCGGGAUCCGGUACAAACCAGUGUAUUGUAUUACUGUUGGUCGGGAUCCGGUACAAACCAGUGUAUUGUAUUACUGUUGGUCAGGAUCCGGUACAGACCAGUGUAUUGUAUUACUGCUUGUCAGGAUCCGGUACAAACCAGUGUAUUGUAUUAUUGUUGGUCAGGAUCCCGUACAGACCAGUGUACUGUAUUCCUGUUGGUCGGGAUCCGGUACAGACCAGUGUAUUGUAUUACUGUUGGUCGGGAUCCGGUACAGACCAGUGUAUUGUAUUACUGUUGGUCGGGAUCCAGUACAGACCAGUGUAUUGUAUUACUGUUGGUCAGGAUCCGGUACAGACCAGUGUAUUGUAUUACUGUUGGUCAGGAUCCGGUACAGACCAGUGUAUUGUAUUACUGUUGGUCGGGAUCCAGUACAGACCAGUGUACUGUAUUACUGUUGGUCAGGAUCCGGUACAGACCAGUGUACUGUAUUACUGUUGGUCGGGAUCCAGUACAGACCAGUGUAUUGUAUUACUGUUGGUCAGGAUCCGGUAAUCAGGACAUUACAUAUGGUGGUGUUUCCUGUUCCUGGUAGCCAGUCUACGCCAGACUGUUCAUUGUUUACUGCUGACUGUAAAAGACUGUCUUUGGAACAAGGAAGUGAAACCGCCUGCUAGGCCAUGUUUGACCUGGGUGUAGCUCAACCGUUAGUUACUCACGUCAUUCCGUGCCUUCGCGUCAUAACCAGGCAACUCGGCGUUAUGUCUCUCAGUGAAAAGGGGAACACAGCCUAUAUAUGAUUCAUCCACUUCCUGGCUUGGUUAGAGGUUGAGCCGUUGUUGAUUUGAGGUCCAGGAGAAACGUAAGUAUUAGGAGUUUAUGAGAACAUGUUUGUUUACUAAAGUGUGACUGCCACUGGGCUAUUUAGUUCAGUCUUACGGUAGUGGCUCUCUCCAACCCUUCAGACUGUCUGCCUCUUCCAAACCAACAAGCCUUUCUGCUGUUUACACUCAAGCAAUAUCCAGACAAGCUAACCUUGGUUUACUUUAAGGAUACAAGGGCUCAGUCUUGUCUGCUGGGAGGUUGCAUAUUAUAUGUAUUUUUGCACAGAAGGAGUUAGACCAUAGAAGAUGAUGUACAGUAUUGGUUCAGUAUUUAUACUUUUUAGCAAACACAUGCUGGUAAUGGAAGUGGUUACUGCUGGGGAUGUACCUGUCACAAACACAUGUCUGUACCCAAGUGCUGUUUUAAUUUGUCUCAAUCUGGACACUGACAUGCAGUUGGCCAGCAGAAAGAGUGGGGGAAUGUUUUAUUGACACACAUGGAGUUGUCUUUGUUUACAGAGUGUGAACACUUGUCUUUCCUCAAUGUUGUCUGUAUUUUGUAUUCGUCUCUGACGUGAGUCUGUUGGUCUAGUUGUGUGUCAUAGCAUAAUAUAAUGGUCAUGUGACACAAGCUACAUCCAUUUCUACAUUUGAGUCAUUAAUCAGAUGUUGUUAUCCAGAGCGACAUACAGGAGCCAGUAGGGUUCAGUGGCUUGUUCUAGUGUAUUCUAACCAGAUCUGAACUGCUAGGGUAUCUGCUGCCCUCUAGCCAGUCAUCUCCCUCUUACUGGUUCCUUAUGCUUUUAUAUUCUUUCUCUUUCUUUUAUUUUGGUCUUUUUAAUAUUUGUCAUUUUGUAAUAUAUUAAGUCCAUCUGAAAUGUACUGUAUAAAACAUUGUAUUUUAAAAAAUAAAAUAAA